UAGCGUACUUCGUUAAGUCAAGAGGUGUGGUAUCGUUUCGCGGCGAUUUAAUGUGUGUUUAGCUGUGAUCGUCAUCGGCGUGGGUGUGUUUUGCACCGGGAAAAGCGAUUGUUGGUGCCGGAAUCAUGCUUGGACGACUCCCGGCGUGUGUCAUCGAUGUAGGCACUGGAUACACGAAAUUGGGUUUCGCUGGCAAUAAAGAACCCCAAUUGACUAUACCAUCAGCAAUUGCUAUUAAGGAGACGGCUAAAGUUGGCGACAAUAAUGCCAGGAGAAUUACCAAAGGUGUGGAGGACUUGGACGCUUAUAUCGGGGAUGAAGCUUUUGAAGCCACCGGAUAUUCGGUUAAAUAUCCGGUGAGACAUGGAUUAGUGGAAGAUUGGGACUUGAUGGAGAAGUUUUUGCAGCAAUGCAUUUUCAAGUACCUCAGAUCGGAACCUGAGGAUCAUUAUUUCCUAUUAACCGAACCACCUUUGAAUACUCCAGAGAAUCGGGAAUACACUGCUGAAAUUAUGUUUGAAUCAUUUAAUGUGCCGGGACUUUAUAUAGCUGUGCAAGCUGUUCUCGCUUUAGCAGCUUCGUGGACAGCUAAAAACGUAGAAGAUCGCACCUUAACAGGCGUUGUUGUUGAUAGUGGAGAUGGUGUAACUCACGUGAUUCCAGUAGCAGAAGGUUUUGUUAUAGGAAGUUGUAUAAAACACAUUCCCAUCGCUGGCCGUGAUAUUACCUAUUUUAUACAAAGUCUGCUGAGGGAACGAGAGAUUGGAAUACCACCUGAGCAGUCAUUAGAAACGGCUAAGUCGAUCAAGGAAAAAUAUUGUUAUAUAUGUCCGGAUAUAUCGAAAGAAUUCGCCAAAUAUGAUAGCGAUCCUACAAAAAUUAAGAAAUACGAAGGCAUGAACAAUAUCACUAAGCAAUCUUUUGUGGUAGACGUUGGAUAUGAAAGGUUUCUCGGACCGGAAAUAUUUUUCCAUCCCGAAUUUUCUAAUCCUGAUUUUACAACGCCGCUCAAUGAAAUUGUUGACGAUGUGAUUCAAAACUGCCCAAUCGAUGUCAGGAGACCAUUAUAUAGUAAUAUUGUAUUAUCGGGUGGCUCUACCAUGUUCAAAGACUUUGGUAGGCGAUUGCAACGUGAUAUCAAGAAGAUUGUUGAUACGCGACUUAAGCUCAGUGAAACGUUAAGUGGAAGUCAUAUUACGCCAAAACCAAUAGACGUUCGUGUGAUAUCACAUCACAAGCAACGUUGCGCGGUGUGGUAUGGUGGUGCAUUACUGGCCAGUGAUCCAGAAUUCUAUACGGUUUGUCACACAAAGAAGGCAUAUCAAGAAUAUGGUCCUGGUAUUUGUCGUUACAAUCCCGUAUUUCAUAGUAUGGUUUAAAAUAAAUGGAAUGAGCACGCCAAUCGAAAUCAUUUCUAAACGAGUAUUGUCAUUUAUAAAUAAUCAUGUCGGCAUUUUUGAGUAUAUAAUUCUCUAUGAUUAGAUGAAACUUAAUGUACGUUUAUUCCUGUUCUUGGCAUUUAAUCGAUUAUAGUUCACAAUGUAUGGCACUGUAUACAUAUACAUGUAUACAGUGUAUAUGAGGCAUAGAAUUUAUUCUAUGUAUUUUAUCUGCUGCGAUAUAGAUAUAUUUAUCAUAUUUACAAGUCUUUAAAAAAUGCAUAUAUAAUAACAGAUUUAUAAUGAUGUUAACAAUAAUUAUUUGUCGUUUAAUGUAGUGAUGCAUAAUAAUGCAAUCACUACAUACUGUAUUCAGAAUGAAUUUUCUAUUGAACAAAAAAAUUCUAAGAAAA